AUGGGUUUGAACGAGAAAUCGGCUGUGACGAAGGAGCAGAAUGAUCGUCACAAAAAGAUUUUGGACGGCCUAUUGAAGCUUCAGGAAAACAGAGAGUGUGCUGAUUGUCACUGCAAGGCGCCGCGAUGGGCGAGUGUGAACCUGGGCAUAUUCAUGUGCAUCCAGUGCUCCGGCAUCCACCGCAGCCUCGGAGUCCACAUUUCCAAGGUCCGCUCGGCCACUCUGGACACAUGGUUACCGGACCAAGUGGCAUUCAUGCAAGCCAUGGGCAAUGCCAAGGCGAACGCGUACUGGGAGGCCCGUCUUCCGCCCUCCUUCCGCCGCCCCUCUGAAAACGACAAGAUUGGCCUAGAGAGUUUCAUUCGUGCCAAGUACGAGCAGAGGCGGUGGGGUCGCAACCACGGUGGUGUUCAGUCAUCAGCCAAGCCUCCUGCUGCUCCACGCGAACCAGCUGAUCUCUUUGACCUCCUCUCUCUCAACGAUCCCUCUCCUGCUGCCGCUCCUGCUCCUGCUGCGCCUGCUCUUACCAGCACCACCACGAUCACAACGGAGUGGACUGCCUUUUCAGACACAACCCCUUCCACCAUGGCAUCCUCUGCCGUGCAACCAGCAGCAGCAGCCACUGCUGCUGGUUCUUGGUCCUUCACCACUCCCACUGCUGCAGCUGCUGCUACGGCCGCUACAGCCGUUGCACCAGCUGCUACCACUAUGCCGGCCAUGUCUACAGCCACCAGCGGCAGUGCCAAAUCAGACAUCCUCAGCCUGUUCGAGCAUCAGCAGCAACAGCAGCAGAAAAUGAUGAUGAUGAUGCAGCAGCAGCAGCAGCAGCAGCAGCAGCUGCAGCAGCAACAGUAUGUGGCAGCAGCGGGAGGGGGAUGGGGCCAAACUGCUGGUGCUGGUGGAAAUGCCAUGUGGCAUGGGGGAGGUGGGGGGUUGCAGAUGCAGCAGCUGCAGACCCAGUACAACAUGCAUAUGCAUGCAGGAGCACAUGCCAUGUCCCAACCCCAGUUCCCUGGAACAUACAUGCACUCUGCCACUUACUUGAACCCUGCCGCCGCUUCGACUGCUGGAGCGUACAGUGGUUACUCGGGCGGUUACCCCACACAGCCUAUGACGCCUCCUAGCAUGCCACAUCAGCUGCUCAUGGCGUCUAGGGAGAGAGCAGGGAGAGAGCAGGGAGAGAGCAGGGAGAGAGCAGGGAGGGAGCAGGGAGAGAGCAGGGAGAGAGCAGGGAGGGAGCAGGGAGAGAGCAGGGAGAGAGCGGGGAGGGAGCAGGGAGAGAGCAGGGAGAGAGCAGGGAGGGAGCAGGGAGAGGGCAGGGAGAGAGCAGGGAGAGAGCAGGGAGAGAGCAGGGAGAGAGCAGGGAGAGAGCAGGGAGAGAGCAGGGAGAGAGCAGGGAGGGAGCAGGGAGAGAGCAGGGAGGGAGCAGGGAGAGCAGGGAGAGAGCAGGGAGGGAGCAGGGAGAGAGCAGGGAGAGAGCAGGGAGAGAGCAGGGAGAGAGCAGGGAGAGAGAAGGGAGAGAGCAGGGAGAGAGCAGGGAGAGAGCAGGAAGAGAGCAGGAAGAGGGCGGGGAGGGCAGGAAUAGGGCAGAGAGAGGGCAGGGAAAAAGCAAGGGGAGGGAGCAGGGAGAGAGUAGGCAGAGUGGGAUGUGUGGGGUGGGUAGUAGUGGUACUGUUUCUUCCUUUAUUUCUAGUCAUUAUCUCCAUGAUCGCUCUCUCGACAACCCCAGCCCUCGCGGCGCGUCACCGAGCAGCUCCCACCGAGACAUUGCUGCAGAAGGCUGUCAAAGCGCGAGCUCUCGCCGACAAAGCCGCCGCAGCAGCCACAGAGGCCGAGGCGAUCGCGGAGCAGCGCAGACAAGACGAAGCCGCGGCGCUCGCCGACCUCAACGCCGCCAUAGCCGCCGCGGACGCCGCCUCCGCCGCGCUCACCGCCGCGAGAACCGGCGCGACGUCCGCGGCCGCGGCGAAGGGAAACGCGAAGAAAUCUCUCGACGCCGCGAAAAAGCAGCUCGACGAAAUGAAGAAAGCGCGCGAAGUGAAGUCGAAGAACGUUGACAAGAAAAAAGCUGACGUGAAAACCGCAGAGGCGAAGGUCAAAGCGGCGCAGCAGAAGCUAGACAAAGUCAACGCGGAGAAAACCAAGCAGGAGAAGAUCGCGGCGGACGCGAAAGCAGCGAGCGACGCGGCGGAGCAGGAGGCGAAGAAGAAGAAGGGCGACAAGGCGUUGGCGAACAAGGCGAAGAAAGCCGGCGACGACGCGAAGAAAGCCAAGGAGCAGGCCGACGCGCUCGCGAAGGAGGCGCUCGCGGCGGAGCAGGUGCUAGCGGCGGCGGAGGACGCGGCGGAGAAGGAGCAGGACGAGGCGAGCGCGGCGGAGAGCGCCAGCGCGCCGUCGGACGCGGAGCUGGAGAAGGAGGACGAGGUGGCGGAGGCGGCGGAAGACGCACAAGAGGCGGAGGCGGCACAGAAGGCGGCGGAGGUCAGCGCGAAGGACGCGGAGAAGGCGCUCAAGCGCGCGCUCGUGGCGGUGAAGCAGGCGCGCGCGGCGUGGAAGAACAAGAACGCGCUGCGACUGGCCGCGGAGAAGAAGGCGGCGCAGAAGGCGGCGAUCGCGGCUGCGUUCGACGCCAAGGCGGACGCGGCGGAACGCGCUGCUGGCAUUGUCGCCCCUCCCUCCGCGCCCGCAUCCCAACCUGCGCCUGGCUCGCACCCCGCGCCUGGCUCGCACCCCGCGCCUGGCUCUAAUCCCGCGCCUGGAUCUAAUCCCGCGCCUGGCUCUAAUCCCGCGCCUGGCUCGAAACCCGCGCCUGGCUCUAAUCCUGCGCCUGGCUCUAAUCCCGCACCUGGCUCUCAAGCCGCACCUGGCUCUCAAGCCGCACCUGGCUCAAACCCUGCACCUGGCUCGCACCCUGCACCUGGUUCGCAGCCCGCACCUGGUUCCACACCUGCUUAG